AUGCCGACGAUCUCACUGAUCCCAAAGGACUCCUCCUCAAAUGUGAUGGCGGCAGAGGAGGUGGCGCUGGACUUGCUGGACAUAAUGGAGGUGGUCGAGGUCGUGGCCGAGGAGCAGGAGGAGGGGGACGAGGACUUCAGGCAGGCACCGCUAGCCUGGUUACCCAAGGUGACCCGGCCGCCAUUGGAGGCUUUGGAGAUCCUUCAGUUGGAGCUGGGAACGGUGAAUGCCCGAGGCAGCAGGGCUUCUGCUCGGCUCAAGCGGAAACUUGGGCAGACACGCAGGCGUCACCUUGAGCGGAGAACGGCCAUCAUCCAGGCCAUCCCUGGCUUCUGAGCC